CACUCGCAUAUAUUAGGCAACUCAAUCUUUCAUUGUGUCGGAAUGAACUAGUAGGAAAUGAGCUUCACGCAGGCAGGAGCCGAAAUCCGUCAUUGCGUGUUCAAACGCUAUAUAUUUAUAAAAUCAUCUAUCAUUACCGAGAACCUCUGUCACUAACCGGAACGGGACCGGUCACAACACCGAGCGGGACCAUAUUUAUAUCCGUUUAGUGAUCAUUUUCAUUCUGGAAAAACAGGAAAAUCACAAGUGAUAAUCGGAAUGGAUCGCAUGAUUUUGUUGUCUGGUGACUGUGUGGAAACGGAGAGAUUCGCGCGUGCCAAACCACAGUGAGAGUUUGAUGGAGUUUCUGUGAACAAUUGAAGGACAACCAGAUUGAUAUCGUAUUCUUUUAUUCUUCAGUGAAAUAAAGUGCAUGAUGUUUGACUGUAUGGAUGUGUUGUCGGGACACAUGCUGGAGUUUUACUCGUCCAGUUCCUCGUCAUGUAUGUUGCAGGAGAAAGCGCUCAAAGCGUGCUUCAGCUGGCAACACCGACGCACCAAACACUCCAUUGAAACUCAGAGCACCAGUUCUGAGGAGUUGGUCCCCAGCCCCCCAUCACCUCUACCCCCUCCUCGCGUCUACAAACCCUGCUUCGUCUGUCAGGACAAGUCCUCGGGGUACCACUAUGGUGUCAGCGCUUGUGAAGGCUGCAAGGGUUUUUUCCGUAGAAGUAUCCAGAAGAACAUGGUGUACACAUGUCACAGGGAAAAGAACUGUAUUAUCAACAAGGUGACUCGGAAUCGCUGUCAGUACUGCCGGCUACAGAAAUGCUUCGCUGUGGGGAUGUCUAAAGAAUCUGUCAGAAAUGACAGGAAUAAGAAGAAAAAGGAGAAUCCAAAGCAGGAGCUGGCUGAAAAUUGUGAGCUGACAGUGGAACUGGAGACCAUCAUUGAGAAAAUACGGAAAGCUCACCAAGAAACGUUUCCUUCACUCUGCCAGCUGGGCAAGUACACUACGAACUCCAGUGCGGAUCACCGUGUUCGUUUGGAUCUUGGUCUUUGGGAUAAGUUCAGUGAACUGGCCACUAAGUGCAUUAUUAAAAUUGUGGAGUUUGCCAAACGAGUUCCUGGUUUCACUGGACUCACUAUCGCCGAUCAGAUCACACUGCUCAAAGCUGCCUGCCUCGACAUAUUGAUACUGCGUAUCUGCACACGUUACACCCCUGACCAGGACACAAUGACGUUCUCUGACGGUCUCACGCUGAACCGCACACAGAUGCACAAUGCUGGCUUUGGCCCGCUAACAGACCUGGUGUUCACUUUCGCCAACCAACUUCUGCCCAUCGAGAUGGACGACACGGAGACAGGACUGUUGUCUGCCAUCUGCCUCAUCUCUGGAGAUCGUCAGGAUUUGGAAGAGCCUUCGAAAGUGGAUGAGCUCCAGGAACCCCUGCUGGAGGCUCUGAAAAUCUAUGUGAGAAAGAGAAGACCCAGUAAACCACACAUGUUCCCCAAGACCCUCAUGAAGAUCACAGAACUGCGCAGUAUCAGUGCUAAAGGUGCAGAGCGUGUGAUCUCUCUGAAGAUGGAGAUCCCUGGGUCAAUGCCUCCCCUCAUCCAGGAGAUGCUGGAGAACUCUGAGGGUCAGGAUGGGCAGAAUUCAGAGCGGAACAACACGGACAAAAACAACGGCACUUCCACAAAGCCCAAAUACUCUGCCCUUACCCCGGAACCCACAGACGAAUCUGGGGCCAUUUCCUCCAGCGAGGAGCCCUAGAACCAAGGUGGCAAAUGAAACUUGGUAGACUGGAGGCUGACCUCUCCAGUGUGUUGGAUUUCUGGAUGAUUUCUGCUGAUUUCCUGCUUUAAGAACUAAUGAUGGCUGGUGUAUAAUCAGAAACAUGACUGAAGAAUCAAGUCCUACUAACAUCACUAUCAUAGGACUGAAUGACACAUACCCUGCAGUGUGUGUGUGUGUGUGUCCUAGACGCCCACCUGUGACAGAUGUGAAGCUCCUCAGGUGUCCUGUAUGGAUUUCUUCAUGUGCAUGAUAAGCUUUUACUUUUAUUAAGUGAUUUUUACUCUUUCCUCUCAAUUCAAGCUGAUGCAUUCAUUGUACAUAUCAUUGUAUGUUUCUGAUGCAUUUGUUGGUGCUUUCUACAAUGUCUAACAUGAUAUGAGAUACAUUGAGCUGAAGUCCUUUAUAUUACAAUUCUAUAGGAUGUUUUUGCUUAUAGACAUUAUAGAACUCUAAUAUUUUACUUUGAUUUGUAUAUUUAAAGCUGUUUCAAUUCUGAAUUUUUAUAGGUCUUUGUUUACUUGUAAGGUGUGGUGAACCCAUAUACACACUUAUAGUGCACUCUGUCAGUAAUCAUAAUUUGAGACCUUUAUGUGGAAGAAAUCUUUAGUAAUUGACUUUGACCAGUCAUUUACUAGUUUAACUCUUUCUACUAAGACAAAUGACAAAUUUUAAUGAACUCUAAAAAGACCUGAAUUCUGUUUCAGUGCAACAAAUCCAAACACCAAAUGACUAUUAACUGGAAGAAUGAGCUGUGUUCUUUACCAGAUUGAUUUAAAGUAAUCGUUCACCCAGAACAAACACUGUCACACUCACCCUCAUGUUGUUCUAAAACCGUAUGACUACUAUACACAUGAGAUGUUCAAGCUAAAUUAUAAUAUUACUAUAAAACUAUAAUAUUACUAAUAAACUAUAAUAUUACUAUAAAUUACCCUGGAAGAAAUCUUUAGUAAUUGACUUUAACCAGUCAUUUACUAGUUUAACUCUUUGUACUAAGACAAAUUACACACACACACACACACACAUAUAUAUAUAUAUAUAUAUAUAUAAUAUCAGACACACACACAUAUAUAUAUAUAUAUAUAUAUAUUUUUUUUUUUUUUUUUUUUUUUUUUUGAGGUGUACCAUAAAGCCUACAUGAUGGUAGAAUUACAUACAUGGUGGUGUCAACACUUGAUGAAGGGCAUGUCUGAAGCUUGCACUGAUGCGACCGCCAUAGUACAACAGCCAAUCACGUUACUUUCCAGUGUUGCAUGAACGCAACUGGCUAGUGUCUGUGAUCUGACUGGAUGACGCCUGCGUUAGCGUUUGAAAAGUUGAAAAAUUUUCAACUUCUGCCGUAAGCAAUGCGAGUGAAGCAACGCGACAGAACCCACAGUUCAGUUCGGAAACGCAUGACGUCACCAAAGUAAAUGAGAAGCGUUAACACCGACGCCCCGUGUGAAUGCAGUGUUACGAUUGCUUGUGAUGGCACGUCUAAAAAUAUGGGCCACUCUCAAUAAAAGGUCCAACAUAUUGAAAUACUUUUUGUUGUGUUGCUAUUUGUCAUGAGCAAGCAAAUGAGUAAACUAACACUGAGAGCGCGAGCGUCUCGCAUAUUAGCUAUAAACCCAUUCAACGUAACUGCAUCGGCCACAAGGUGUUGUUGGUCAGUGCUUGUCCCCCCCUUUAUCUCAAAACUAUCAUAUGCCAUCAGAAAACAACACACAAGUCAUAUGAACACCUUCUAUGGUACAUUUAUGGUCCUCUUUUUACGGCCAAGUUCCUGUUCACUUUAUGAUAAAGAGCAACAAGAACAUUCUUCAAAACAUCUCCUUAUGUGUUUCGUGGAAUAUAGGAAGUCAUACAAAUUUGAAUGACAUGUGGAUGAGCACAAUAAUGACAAACCUUUCAUUUUAAGAGAAUUUUAAACAGUGAAUCUAUCCAUCCCAUGUGAUUGAAAAUGCUGAUAUGAGUGUGUAUUGAAAUCAUUUUGAGAUUGGCAGAGUUGGCAGUCUGGUUCACUCAAACGCAGUGACCAGAAUCAUCAAACACCUUUACAUAAGUGUCUUUUUUUGCAGUAACUCAACGGGGCAUUGCAAUUCUUUUACAGCACAACUGACAGCCUGUCGUGCUGCAGCAAGCGAACUCAUUAGGGAACCAGAAAAGUUUAGAUAAGUUUACAGAUUUGUUUUUUUGUUUUUGUUUUUUUUGUUUGUUUAUUUUUUACUAUUAUCUCAUUUUCAAGUGAAAGACAGGAUGAUAUGAUCGCCUGAGAAAAGUUGACUCUGAUUCAGAGAAAAGUUGACUCACUGAUCUUGAGUUUGUAAAAUACCUCUUACUAAAACACAAGUGUCGCUGGAUUACCGUUUUUACAACGGGACACUAUCUUUGGCUAAUUUAUGAUCAAAUCCAGUGCUAUGUUUCUUAUAAAGGCUUCAGGUGCUGGCUGUGAUCACUUGUAAAGCAGUUUGUCUGCAUAAAGACAUUCUAGUCUUUAAACUCUUAUUGCACUUAAACUGCCCCCCUGAGAGGACCAGGAGACAGAUGUCAUAUUAUUUUUCAUGAAUUGAUGUCUUUAUUUUUUCUCUUGCCUUGAAUGAGUGGAUAAUUUUGUGUAAUGGCGUAAAGUCUAACUUGGAACUUAACUGUAAUAUUAUCUUUAUUCCCACAGGGUCAAAAGUCUGUUUACUUUUUUGCUUAAAGGGAUAGUUCACCAAAAAAUCUGCCAUUUACUCACCCUCACGUCAUUUCAAGCCCAUACAACUUUCAGCAUGAACUUCUUUUGUGUUCCAUGGAGGAAAAUAUGUCAUAUGGCUUUGGAAUGACCUGACAUUUUUAAUUACUCUAGUCUCAAAGAGGAAAAUGAUGGCCGAAUUUAAUUUUUGGGUAAACUGACCAUUCAUGAACACGUUCUCCUCCUAAUAUUGUCUUACUGCACAUCUGCUCUGAAAACAUAUCAUAAGGGAGAAUAGACUCACUCAUCUGAAUGUGAAUAAGGAAACUCCAGAUGUAUGCAGUAUUUAUGUUUUCUUUUUUUUUCUUUUUUUUUCUGUACCUCAUCACUCUACAUUAGAAAGCAUGAAUGUUUUUGCUCCACAUCUUGUCUUUAAAAAAAAACAAAAAAAACUUCUGUGUCUUUGAAGUUAAAUGAAACAGCUCAUGAAUGUCUUUAUGAAAACCCCAUGCCACCCACAAUUCCCUUACAUAUCCCUCACAUACAAUACUCACUCAUUAAAACGGUGAGCUAUGAAAGCUGUAUCCUUUGAAUUACCCAUGCUUUGAUUCACAGAAAAAAAAUCUUUUUCUAGCUAGUUGACAUUGGCUACAUUUACAUGCACCAAUUUUCGUCAAUCCGAAUGAAUUGAAUCCGAUUGCAGAUCUGUUUACACUCUAAACAUUGGAAUCUGAUUCACAUACCCAUUUAUAUGUGCUUUAUAUACAUUCCGAUUAAAACUUUUGCGCACGCGCUCUGCGGGUGACUUCAUAUCAAUCACACUUGCGGAGACAACCAUGGACGUGACACCAACAGAGCUCAUCGUUAUUUUGCCGUUUGCAGUGGCGUAGCAGACGGGCACGCAGGGUUCUGGGUUGCAACCCGGGUUAAGUCAACAGAUGAUCAUGUAUCGACGAUAGCCAGAGAUAUUGUCAAAAGCAUCAAAUAUUGGCAACGGUUAUAAAAUGUCUUGUGAUUCUUAAAAAAAAAUUAUCUCGCAUGGGCCAGCUCAACUGCUGAGGGUCCAGGCAACUCAUCUAUAUUGUUCAAUAAAGCUUUAUGCUGAAUGUGAGAUUGUUCUAAGCUUGUGUCAUGGCAGAUGCAACAGUGUGCUUGUGUGUUAUUUUCUAUCUUUAAUAAUACGAAAUCAUUUUACUGUUGUCAUACUGUAUACUGUGAUGCAAAUUUAUCACUUCCUAUUUGAUAAAAUAAAUAAAUAAAUAGGUUGCUCUUUACAAGCUUAUAUGAGCUCUGAACCAAAUGGAACAGCACAUAGACCAAAACCGACAUGUACUACAAAUGUUUCUGAGAUGUUAGAUUUGUUUUCAUCUUGAUUUUUCAUUGAAAGACAGUCAACUUACACAAAGUUGGCCCAAAUUUAACCUAUGAUGGAACAGUCCUUUAACAUUUACAAAACAUUUUGGUUUUUCAAAAAAUAAAAUAAGUAAAUAAAUAAACAGCUCUUAAGGAUAAAAUUCUAAGCUUGUGUUUAAAACUUGUGGAAGUUUAGAUAAUGACAAUUCAAGAAUAAUAUUUUUCAUCAGAAUCACUUGUAAAUUCCUCUGUUUUGCCUCUGCUAUUUCAGACAUUAACAGUGCUUUUGUUCAAAUGUUUGCCAUUGCCUUUACCAUGAGCCCUUCUGGCAAAACAAUAAAAAUGUAUUUAUUUUAAAAUGUUUGGAAGCACUUGGAUGGUCCAUGUAUAUGUAUGCUUUAAGUGUGAGUUAGAGGUUGUGGAGUCCCUGUGUAGGUUUUUCCCUUUCGAGGGAACUUGCACUGCAUCAGUAACAACACUUUGAGGAAUGCCCCUCAGCGUAGCGCAUCUGAAGCAUGAAUGAAACUAUUCCAAUCCUGAUUGGUGUUGUGUCAUGACGUAAUGUGUGAAGGCAUAUAC